CUUUAUAUUGGUGUUUGUUCUUUUGUGUUUUUAUAUCAGGAAGUUAGAUUGUAAUAUGCUUAAAAACGAAUGUCCUCAUGACGAGAUCUACAAGUCGUGUUCAUUUUACGAGGAGUACACAUGCUGGCAGACGGCGGAGCGCAACAGCAGGGUCAAGACUAUUCCUAAACGGUUGCCGCACUGCAGGGCUGGGUGUUAUUGCAAGAAAGGUUUGGUGCGAGCGUACCCACAGAGCGGAUGCGUGCUCUCGGUUAUGUGUAGACAUCAAGGACUUCAAGAUCUACUUGAAAAGUUGACGUCAUCCUUUAGGUCUUUUCAUUAA